GGUCGAAAUCCGGUAACCGCGGUGCCAUGCCAAGUGUGUGGUGAUCGCUCAUAUGGAAAACACUAUGGUCAAUGGACUUGUGAUGGAUGUAGCUGUUUUUUUAAGCGAAGUGUUCGAAAGAACAUUGCCUACACUUGCACAUCAGGCCAUAACGAAUGCGUCAUCGACAAAGCACGUCGGAAUUGGUGUCCAUCAUGUCGAUUGGCUAAGUGCUUCAAGCUAAAGAUGAACUCGAACGGUGAUGUUUUCAGAUUAGAAUAUCUACAUUCGUUUCUUCUUAUCUUUCUUAUUUGCAGCCGUUCAAAGAGAACUCGGUCGGUGUUGCUGUCAUUCAGUUCGCCUGAGGAGCGACGAGAACUUCUGAUUCAGCAUUAUCGAACGUUCCUAUCUCUAACUGUCGCCGCUACAAACGUGAGAAUCAAAGGAAACGUAGGUUUAUAA